GCUGACAGUCUGAAGUCAUGUGAUUUCCACAACGAUUUUCUUGUGUCCUGAGUUGCCCCGUUUGUCGCUCUGGUUGUCCCUCAUCAGCUCACAUAGUUCCUCCUCAUCUUCAACUCCGUCUCCGUGUUCUCGCUAGUGAAGGUCGUAAGCGCAUUGACAAUGUCGUUGCCAAAGCCAGUCAUGCGAGGGCUCCUCGCUAAGCGAUUGAAGUUUCACUUGCCCAUCGCUUUCACUCUGUCGAUUGUUGCAGCUGCCAUUUUCAAGUACACUGUCACAGAGCCAAGGAAGAAGGCAUAUGCUGAUUUCUACAAAAAUUAUGAUGCAAUGAAGGAGUUCAAUGCCAUGAAGGAAGCUGGCAUAUUUGAAAGUGUCCGACCAUCUGGGGAAUAAACAUCUGUGAUGUCCCACUAUCCAUUCCCAAUUUUUCUUCCUGUCGGACUAGAACAUUUUGUGUGUUGCUAUGAAUAAAACAAACAUGCUCUACUACUGUACAGUAGUGCAUUGUGGGUUUUUUUGAGAA